AUGGUUCGGCGCUGGGUCCGGAGUGCAGGCACCACCGGCCCCACCGGCGGCGAGGGCGCAAAGCCCAAGCCGGCCGCCGAGCGCGUGAACGUGGUGUGGCACAAGUGGUCCGACCUGCGACUGUUGGAUCAUGAGCCCUUGUGGCACGCCCACCAACGUCCGGAGCCGGUCCUCCACCUUCACCUGGUCGAGCUCCAACUCCUGGCCGGCCACGCGCGCGUGAGCGGCGUGCAGCGCUGCUCGCCGCGGCGGAAAGAGUUCUGGCGCCAGUGCGUGGAGGACCUUUCGGAACGGCUCCAAGAGCGUGGACAACACUUGGUGGUGCGAGCGGUGGAGGACCCCGCCGAGUUCUUCGCAUCGCUCUGCGAACAGCUUCCCAUCCUGCGCGUCUAUGCGCACCAAGAGUUCUGCGACGAGGAGCUGCAGAUCGAGGCAUCGGUGCGGCGGGUCCUGGCGCAGCACGGCGCGGAGCUCUGCACCUACUGGGGCGCCCUCACUGUGCACCACAUCGACGACCUGGGCUUUGAUGCACGAGACAGGAACCAGAUGCCCUGGUACAAGGGCGAGUUCCAACGCGCCGCCAAGCGGCGGCCCAUUCGCGAGGAGCGGCAGGUCUUCCGGUGGAAAGGCGGCGAAACGGCGGCGUUAGAACACCUCAAGAGCUACAUGGAGUCCGGUGCCCUGGCGCGGUACCGCGGCGCCACCGAGUCCUUCGCGCACGGCAGCGACAACCCAGUGAACGGUGGCACGCGGCUGAGCCCUUGGCUGGCCUUCGGCUGUCUCUCCGCGCGGAUGGUUGUCAAGGAGGCUCGCGACUGGGAGCGUCAGCACGGGAAGAGCUGUUCCACCUCCAAGGGUGUCGGGAAGAUAGGCUCCACGGGGAAUCGGCUCCACACGGAGCUGCUCUUCCGUGACUUCCUCCGCUUUUCAGCCCUGGCCUGGGGCACCUCUCUCUUCAAGAUCGGAGGGCCCUUUGGUGUCACGGGGAUCCCGUGGCGCAAAGACCUGGAGCUCUUCGAGAAGUGGCGCUUGGGCCAGACCGGCUUUCCAUUUGUGGAUGCUGGCAUGCGGGAGCUGGCAGCCACCGGAUACAUCUCACACCUGCACCGUCAGUGCUGCGCAGCCUUUCUGGCUCGAGACCUGGGCCUCGACUGGCGCAUGGGCGCCGAGCACUUCGAGUCCUGCUUGUUGGACCACACGCCGGACGCCAACUGGGGCAAUUGGGCUUACCGGAUCCUCCAACGGCCCUGCCUGGCGGAGACGCGGCGCAGCUAUCCACUGGAGGAACACCUGAACACCGUCGAGGUGGUGGUGUGGCCGGCGGUGCACGACGCCUUUCUCGAACAUACCUUGCAUUGGGUGCCGGAGCUCUCCUCCUUGCCCAAGGACCUGGCACGUGAGCCGUGGCGCACCGAAGGGCGGCCGCUGAAGCGAAUACCGAUCAAACCCUACCAGGACUCCCCGCUGUGGUUCUGCGCAGCCAACCGCACGAACUGGGAUUACGAGUACUUCUGGCUGCCGGGGCACGCGUGGGUGGUCCAGCUGGGUGCUGGAGCAGGAGAACACCCAUGGAGAGAUUUUCAGCUGAGUCGCGACUACUUCCGCCCGCUGAUCCCUGCGUUGAACGUGGAGAUCGACCUGGAUGCCUUGCCCUUGCGCCAUGCCUGGGGCGAUACACCGCCCCAGCUGCGACCACACAUCUGGGGAGGCGGCCUGCGAGUUCCGCAGAGAUCUCCGCAGGAGACCUCCAAAGGAAAAGGCGGUUCUCGAAGAGGGAUGAGCACGAGCACCCGGGCAUCGGGUCGAAGCCCCCAUGCUUCGUCUCAUUUCGAAAGAAAAACACAUGGAUUUGUAGGGAGAACCAGUUCGUUGAGCGAAGCAUUCUUCCAGUUCUUCCAGACGUGGGCCGACAGACACCUUCCAGCACUGCCGGCUGGGCAGAGCAGACCGGAAAGCGCAGGGCAGGUCUGGACUGCGGUCGAGCUCCUUCAACGUCCAUUUUGAACGAAGGUUGAGGAUGAGGCAUAUCCGGGGAUGACCAAACACAUCCCGAGAGCGUGGGACCUCGGUCAAGAGGUCAAGACGGGAGACCCAUGAUGGGUCAUCCCCAGACCCAGGGCCCCCC